GAAUCGAGCAUUUGCGUGAAGAGCGUCGACGGUAUCGUUGGCAAAAAAGAGAUCGCACGAAAACAAAGCUCUCGCAGCUUGCUAGGAUCGCAAACAGCGCUUGUGUCAGUUUACGUUAUCACUUUGGCUGGACCGCCAGUAAGUACGGGACCACCGAAAAACCGGGCAACCAAGCGGAUGCCUUCUUUUCGUUGGACGUGGUGUACAACGAACAACACGCAACUACGCCAUUGAUGAUGAUUAGCAAGGUCAGCACAGUUACGCACCCGCACCGAUAGAACCAGCUCGACCCCAUCAUCAUCAUCCGAGUCGCAGGCGACAGUAGUGAUGUAACGCACAAACGUUUGGAACGGAUUGCCAAAAAAAAACACAGCACAAACACACACACAUACUCACCAAAACAUCACCAGCAUCCACGUGCGAUGGAUCGCGAAAAGCACCGCGAAACCCGGUACGCCGGGCUGGCGGGCGGAUUGACGGGCUGCAUCACGCGCUUCAUCUGCCAGCCGCUGGACGUGCUGAAGAUACGGCUCCAGCUGCAGGUGGAACCGAUCCGGACCGGGUCCAGCCACUCCAAGUACCGCUCGAUCGCCCAGUCGGUGGCCUGCAUCUACCGCGAGGAGGGGCUGCUUGCGUUCUGGAAGGGCCACAACCCGGCCCAGGUGCUGUCGCUCGUGUACGGCGUGGCGCAGUUUUCCUUCUACGAGCGGUUCAACCGAGUGCUGCGCGAGCUGCCCCUGCUGGACGGGCACGACCAGGCACGGCAGUUUGUGUGCGGCGCGUGCAGCGGUUCCUUUGCCGCCCUGACCAUCAUGCCGCUGGACGUGAUACGGACGCGGCUGGUCUCGCAGGACCCGGGCCGAGGGUAUCAGAACGCGUUGCAGGGCCUGGGAGAGAUUUACCGGCACGAGGGCGUCCGGGGACUGUACCGGGGCGUCGGUCCGGCCAUGCUGCAGAUUGCCCCGCUGGCCGGUGGUCAGUUUAUGUUUUACAAUCUGUUCGGUACGGUGGUGAAGCGGUUGGAGGGGCUGUCGCCCGAGGCACAGCUGCCGUCUGGCGAGCUGUUCGUGUGCGGUGGGCUGGCCGGUCUGUGCACCAAGCUGCUGGUUUAUCCGCUCGAUCUGACGAAGAAGCGGCUGCAGAUACAGGGCUUCGCCCAGAGCCGGCAAACGUUCGGGCAGCACUUUGUCUGCCGCCAUAUGCUACACUGCCUGGUGCAGGUCGGCCGGUUCGAGGGGGUGCGCGGACUGUACAAGGGGCUGCUGCCGUCGCUGCUGAAGGCCGGCUGCACGUCCGCGUUUUACUUUACGAUUUACGACACACUGUUGCUGCUGUUUAACAGCGAACGAAGCUUUAGAUAGGUGCACGGGAAGAGAUGGAGAGAAAGAGAGAAAAAUGUGUAUAAAAACUUUCACGCUUUAAAUAAAUGGCCUCGCCUUUAACUGUA